AUGGAACUUUUCAGUGAAAUAAAAACAGAUCCACUCUCCCUUCUGGGCUUCUGGCCAGAGUGGAAAGACGAAGAAUUCUUCUGGGGUAGUGGCGCUUGUGCCUAUUGUAUUUCUGGUGGGAUGCCGAGGCAGUGGAAGUCGGAGCGGCGGCUCCCGACGGUGGAUGUACGCCGAGGCGCGGCCUCGGAUGGCCAUGCAACGACGGCCCUAUGGGGUAGGUCCGCUGCUUUGCUUGGCAUGGGCGGCGACCUAGUGCUGCGGGGUACGUAUCACGCGGAUGAUGAUCAAACACCGUCGGAUUCUUGCAGAUCCAACGGCAGCCCUCUCAGCCAACCGCAGCCCAACUACCCCCAAACCCUAACUCCCACUUCCCCAUCGCCUCGCCCUCGUCCUCUCCCAUCGAUCCUACCCGCCGCCGCACCCUGGCCCCUCCGCCCCCGCCCCCGCCCCUUCCAGAUCCAGCGAGCCGCCCGCCUCAGCCUCGCCGGCGACCUUCCCCUCUCGCGGAGGAGGGCCACCCGUCCCGCUACGUCAAGCUCACCAAGGACCAGGACGCCCCCGGCGAGGACAUCCGCCCCGGCGAGCUCAACCAGCCCGUCCACGUCCCCCAGCUCGAGGGCCGGAGGUGCGGCGAGUGCAGCCAGGUCCUCCCGGAGAGCUACGAGCCGCCCGCCGACGAGCCGUGGUCCAACGGGAUCUUCGGCUGCACCGACGACCCCGAGAGCUGGGCACAAUGCUGGAGCUGGUAGGCAAGCUAGCACCCAUGGAUUCGUGAACUGGCUUGGAUGUGUACUUGGUCGCCGGGGUUGGAUGAGGACGACGGUAACGAGGGUGACUAGUGAUGCGGCACGCCAAGCAGCAUCAGGGGAAGGGGGUCUCCUGCUCGAGGAGGCGGAGGAGUAGGGGCGCACCCAGCCGGCAGCCCUGUCGUGCUUGAGGGGGAGGGGCAAGAGGGGUCUGCUCCUCUGCUUCCAUUGCGACCGCGGCAGGAGCAACGUUGCUGAUGGCGACGGGUACGUGAUGGUGGCUAGUGUGGUGGACGACCUAGAAUAUGUGUCCUCGCAAGUGCACAUGCACGUAGCUUUCCUCCUCAAAUGCUUCUGUUUCUGCCUCAGCUAAUAAGCAUCUCCAUCUCCCUCUCAUCUUCCUCUGCUUGCUACUGCUGCUCCGAUUUAUACAUGUUGGCAAAGAGAUGUCCCUGUUUCCUCAGUACUAUGCACUACUAUAUUUAUGUGGUUGUCUUUGUAUGCAUCUUAUUUUGAAACCAAGUGAGACACCUCCAUCCCCUACAUCUUGACGAUCCCUCUAGUAGUGUAUAUCUUGAGUUGCUCUCACUACCUCCUGCCCCUAGAUUUGUGAUUGCCUUUGUUGCCUGCCCAUUUAAUUAAUUAAAACUGCAUGUGUGCGUGUAAGUAUGGCUGUGAGAACGAGAUCAAUGGUGCCUUCUACCAAACAGAUUGAACUUUUAAUGCUUGCUACACAUGCUUGUGUACCUAAACAUUCUGUACAUUUGUUGUUGUUGUUGACCGUGCAGUCUAAAAAACACACUGUCUUUUCUUUUCGUGUG